AUGGACUUUGGUAAUAUUGCACACGGUCUGAUUACCUGGGCGAAUAAACCAUGCUACGACAAGGCUUGUAUCGCUUUCCCCCCGCCGUCUAGUUCCCCGCGACCAAAGGAGAACACCAGUGUUCACGUGUUGCAAAAUGUUCUCAAUAAAGUGAUCUUUGCCGGUGAUGAAAGAUAUGACACCGUGUUUGUCAACUCUCAGUGUCCGCCGCACCCUGGUUCAGACAUGCGAGCCGAUCUUGCUAUCAAGUAUGUCACCGACUCGGGUCUGCUUCAUAUUGCAUGCUUUAUUGAGGCGACAGGGGGUCAUAGAAGUGAAGAUUAUGCUAUAUCGGGUGUCGAGGACCAGGUUCUAGAUUACUGCGAGAAAUACUUCGACAAUAACUCUAACACCAGCGAUUUCAUAUUCGCGGCUACCCUUGUUGGCGUCCAUAUAAGGUUGUGGACCGUCCAUAAGCAUGAACGCAAACUGAAAGCCGUGUGGGGUGAUUCCGGUCCUGGAGCUAUCAGCGAUUAUAAAGAUCUCGGCGAUACUGCUGCAGCAGAAUUGAUUAAGAAGACCUUCCGGGACAUGCUGGAAACAGCACCCGAACCUUGGAUUCAUCGAAGCAGCGCUAGCAUGACUUCCAAGAUCAUCAACGGGGGCACUUCAGCUGUUUAG